AUGCGUCUAUGGAUCUUGUUCACUGUUUUAUUGAUUGGCAUAGUAAUCGUUGAGUCAGGACGAAGCAGCAGCAGUAAGAGGAAAAAGGACAGGCAAAGAAGUGAAACAAUCUCUGAUAGCUCUCAACAAGAAGAUAGUGCUUCAGAAUCGAGAAGAAAAAAGGAUGAGGACGAUAAGAGAGAACAUGCCGAUCGAGAACAUGAAAGAGAUCAUCGUGAAGGCGAAAAGAAAGGCAAAGAUAGUAGCAGUAGUGAGGAGGAUGAUAAAGAUGAUAAGGCGGAAAAAAACGAAACAACUGUAGCGAAAGGAGGAAAAACCUUGCUUAGAUUACGUAGAACCCAGACGAGCGAUAAAGUGGAAGUGAAGAUUGACGAACACACGCGUGCAAGACGGCGUAAACAUAAUCAAUUGCAUAGAAUGAGGGAUGUGCAUCGAGGACGGAGGCAACUUGUACGUGCCCAAGAACUGAACGAUGGCGAGCAGCAAGCACUCAGUGAGAAACAAAAAGUUGCUGUAGAUAGACACUUCAAAGAGACGCCAUCAUAUCCACCGAUCGAUGAAAGUGGGCGUCGCAGACCGAGUAGAAUGAUAGCGUUCAGACCAAAGUACCUCGUUCGUCGUGAACGCAAAGUGAGCACAUUUCUGCCCGAUGUGGAUUUGGAUAUUUCAAAAUUUCUGUAG